AUGGCUUCUACUUCUUAUCAACCAGUUACAGCUGGCUACAGUCUUGUUGAUUUGUCGAUUCAAGGUCAUAUUUACAACAAAACUAAACUCCUUGUUUUAGACGGCUUAUGCGCUGAUGUUGUCUUAGGACAUGACAUUUUCAAGGAACACUCAAGCGUUGAAGUCUCAUUUGGGGGUAAGAAACCUACGCUGAAGGUGUGCGGACUUACAGCAGCUAAGGUUGCACCCGUCCACUUGUUUUCAAACUUAACUCUUGACUGUAGACCUAUUGCAGUUAAGUCACGACGUUAUUCAGAAGAAGAUUCGAAAUUCAUAAAAGAAGAAACUGAACGCUUGUUGAAAGAGGGUAUCAUUGAACCAAGCACUUCACCUUGGAGAGCACAAGUACUUGUAGUUAAAGGUGAAACAAAAAAGAAGCGAAUGUGCAUUGAUUAUUCCCAAACAAUAAAUCGAUUCACUCAACUUGACGCCUACCCACUUCCCAGAGUUGAAGAUGUCGUUAACAAAGUUUCAAAGUUCAGUGUUUUUAGCACUAUUGACCUUAAGAGUGCUUACCAUCAAAUACAAAUUGAAAAUGAAGAACGAAUAUAUACAGCAUUUGAAGCCUGUGGGCGCCUUUACCAAUUUUGCAGAAUUCCUUUUGGUGUUACGAAUGGCGUCUCCUGUUUCCAAAGAGAAAUUGAUUCAAUCAUACAAAAAGAAGGACUUGAAUGCACUGUAGCUUACCUGGACGAUGUAACAGUUGGAGGGAGGAAUAAAGAUGAACAUGAUACAAAUUUGAACAAGUUUUUUGAUGUAGCCAAGAAGUACAACUUAACUCUGAACAUGGAAAAAUGCUCUUUUGCACAAGACAAAAUCCAUCUGUUAGGAUAUGUAAUAACAAAGAACGAAAUCCGUCCUGAUCCAGACCGUCUUCAGCCGCUCUUGAAACUACCACUUCCUCAUGAUGGCCAAUCAUUGCGUCGAACCAUGGGCAUGUUCGCUCAUUAUUCAGACUUUAUCAAGAGUUUUUCAGAGAAGAUUCAGCCCCUUUCAUCGACUAAAAGUUUUCCAUUAUCAGAAGAAGCAAUUAACUCCUUCAAUGAAUUGAAAAAUGAAAUAGUAACUGCAACUAAAGCCCCAAUCCAAAAUGACAUACCAUUUACAGUUGAGACCGAUGCAUCUGAGUUUGCAAUCGGCUCAACCUUGUCACAAGCAGGACGUCCAGUAGCUUUUUAUUCGAAAACAUUAUCAAAAUCUGAAAAGAACCAUUCUUCUGUUGAAAAAGAAGCUCAAGCAAUCGUAGAAUCUCUUAAGAAGUGGAGACACUAUCUUAUUGGCCGGCCAUUCCUACUCAUUACAGACCAAAGAUCAGUUUCUUUCAUGUUUGACAAUAAAAGAUUUGGAAAAAUAAAGAAUGAAAAGAUACAACGUUGGCGUUUAGAACUGUCUUGUUUCAAGUAUGAUAUCGUAUAUCGACCAGGCAAGGAAAAUGGAGUUGCAGACACCAUGUCACGAUUGUGUGGAACGAUUUGUGGUCGUCCAAACUUAAAUGAUAUCCACACGAGCCUGUGUCACCCGGGAGUGACAAGAUUUUACCACUGGAUUAGAUCGAAAAACUUACCUUUUUCACUGGAAGAAGUUCGUCGUACUACAGCUCAAUGUCGAAUUUGUGCUGAACUUAAGCCUAGGUUUUGUAAAUAUGAAGGUACGUUAAUCAAAGCUACAGCACCUUUUGAGCGACUAAACUUAGACUUUAAAGGACCAAUUCCAAGUGCUACGCAAAAUAAAUACAUAUUAACUGUUGUAGACGAGUAUUCACGAUAUCCAUUUGCUUUCCCCUGUAGAGACAUGACUUCCAGUACCGUGAUUGAGAAACUGAAAGAAAUGUUUACAAUUUUUGGUAUGCCUUCAUUCAUUCAUUCAGACCGAGGAACGUCAUUAAUGUCAGACGAAUUAAAGUCUUUCUUACAAACUCAUGGUGUUGCGUCAAGCCACUCUUCUGCUUAUAAUCCUAGAGGGAAUAGCCAAGUAGAGAGAUUCAAUGGCACUAUAUGGAAGACUGUUAUGCUUGCCCUCAGAACCCAAGACCUACCCGUAAAGUAUUGGGAAUCAGUUCUUCCUGAAGCACUUCACUCAAUAAGAUCAUUAUUAUGUACAUCAACCAAUACAACACCUCAUGAACUUAUGUUUAAGCACCCCAGAAGAUCGUAUUAUGGAGGUUCAGUUCCAAGCUGGCUGUCACAACCCGGCCCAGUGCUGUUGAGAAAGCACAACAGACCCAGCAAGUAUGACUCACUUGUAGAAGAGGUAGAACUUAUUCAAGCAAAUCCAGGUUAUGCUCAUGUGAAACUCCCAAAUGGACAAGAGAAGACAGUAUCCAUAAGAGAUCUGGCCCCAGCACCUGGACAAUCAUCUUUAGAAACAGACUACCAAUUGCCAGAAACAUGUGGAAAUGAACAAGUUAUUCAAGAACCGGAGGUUUCAUUUGAUCAAGAACAAGUUGAAAAUGAUUCUAGUGGGACAUUAAGUGACACGAAUGUACCAGUUGAACAUGCAAACAGUUCUUGCAAAGACUCAAGUUCAGUGCCUUCCAAAACGCAUCCACAGCGUAUACGGCAAAGACCUUACUAUCUAAAAGACUACGUCUCGUUUUAG